AUGGGAGCCCAGCUCAAAGAGAGAAUGGGUCAGGUUGUCCCCAAACUCGUAAUGCUGCCUACUCGGCUCAGUGCAGACCAGUGGUACUGGAAAAUGGACUCCUUCAGAAUUUAUUUCGUCUGUCCUCCCCGUAUAGAAUGCUGUGUUGGGCAGGAUGUUCUCCAGAAGGGAACCGUGGAGGGAAUCCUGAUGGGGAACGUGACCCUAAAAGUCCUGACUGAGAAGAAAAGGGGUGACAGCAUUAUCUGGUAUUUCCGGGUCGGAGAGAGAUGGAACAACAUUGCUACUCUGCGUCAAACAGAAUGGGAAAUAAGUGAUCUUUACAAAGGAAGAGCUUCUAUUGACACAAGCAAUGGGUACUUGACUCUGUCUUCUCUGAGGUGUGAGGACAGCGGGGACUAUAGCGUCAGCGUAAUACGAGAUGUUGUCCUAACAGGAGAGAUUUCACUCAGAGUUCGAGGGCUGACCAAAAAUAUGCCGGCUGUCCCAUACAGUAAUUACUCUGACAAGGAUUUUUUGGAAGCCUCUAUGAACGGGUCCACGCCCAGCUCUGCCCAGCCAGGAACCACCCAGGGCUUCUCAGCUGUCCACCAGCCGGCGAGCGAGGCCCGCAGCCUCUAA